GUGCAAACGUAAUCCCAGCCCCUGUGUGGAGCAGCUGCUUGGCGUGGCUAUCACUGAGAGCCCAGCGUUUUCAUUCUGUUACUCAAAUAAAUUCAGUUCCGUAAACACGUUAGUUAUUCAACAAAAAAAAAGAAACUUGGAGAAACUAACAAAAUAAGUACAUAAAAUAAACCUCAAAGUCUCUUCAUUAAAGUUCAAGUGUAAAUAAUAUCAAAAAUAUAAUUGAGUAAAUCAAUCGUAAAAUGAGCGACGUGACGGAGGUGAAGAUGAACGUAGCAGCCCUGAAACGCGUUGAUCCGUAUAUCAGAGAUAUCUUGGAGACAGCAACUCACGUUGCACUUUACACUUUUAAUGCUGAUAACAAUGAAUGGGAGAAGACGGACAUUGAAGGAGCAUUAUUCGUUUACUCGAGGACUGGCGAACCGUACAAUAGUAUCUUGAUUAUGAAUCGUCUAAAUACAAAUAACCUGGUGGAGCCGGUUACCCAGGGCCUGGAUCUUCAGCUCCAGGAGCCCUUUCUACUCUACAGAAACGCCAAUUCCAAUAUCUACGGUAUUUGGUUCUACGAUAAAGAUGAGUGUAUGAGAGUCGCCUCAAUGCUGAAUAAAAUUGUUAAGGUGUCCGACGAAAAUCGCAAGACGGUGGGAAAUCCAGGGGGAAAGGGAAAGAAAGGAGGUAAAGGGGCUAAUAGCGUCGAUAUAUUCAGUAUGCUGAGCAAAGCACAGGAGGAUUUCAACACAACCAAGGGGUCGGUGAAGAAAUCAGAUGACAGUGACACUAGGAAUAGCAGUGGUAGCGAAAAUACUGGCAAUAUUGCACCAAUUUCAGCUCCUCUGGGGCUUGAUGUUACAUCCCAGAGUGUUAUGGACUUCUUUGCUAAGGCGAAGGUGAAUACAGGACAUUUCAAAGCUGGCGACCAGCCCUCUCCGAGUGCCCACGCAGUUACGGAGACAAAGCCCUUCCUGGCGCGUCUGAUGUCCCACCCAGCAGCUCAUACACUAGAGCACAUUGAGAAGCAGCAGAGAUCAAUUACUCCACAGCCACCGCCGCCAGCAGUUCCCUCGAUUCUCCCCCCAGCGAUAGUUCGUACACAGAAAUACAUAGCCCAAAGCACACCAGCCAAUAAAACGAAGAAACAGAGUAAAAUUAUACAGCAAGAGGAGUCCGUGGUGUCCACUUUGAAUUCAGUAUCUCAGGAGCUGCAGAAACAGACGAAGAGUGUUAGCGACAUCAAUGGUUCCAUGAGCUUUUACAGGAUACCGUCACCUACUACACCCUCCGCUGUGCUCAAUCAGGGGAGCAGACAUACAAUUUUUAACAUCGGAGGACAAACUAUUGACGGUACGAGGAAUGUACACGACGAUUUGAUGGGUUCAGGCUCUCUCCCAGAAGCCCUCUCCGCCCUUCCCAUGUCAUUCACCAAACUGGGUAUCGAUUGCAAGCCAAGUGACUUCACCUCCCCCACAGCCCUUCGUCACCUCCCUGUGGGGAACGCCUACCUGCCGGCAUCCGAGGAAACCUCGACGAGACAUCUACACGGUGUCGCCUCAGCCCCAGCCCUCAUUCCACCAGUGAUGUUCUCAGCUCCAAGUCCCUCUGAGCCCCCAAACAGGCCCCUGGAGCCCCUCACCAGAAAUCAAUUACUCCAGGCUUUCAACUAUCUCCUCAAAAACGAUCCUGACUUCAUCAAAAAACUCCAUGAGGCGUACGUCAAGUCCUUCAGUGAAAUACUAUCCUAAAUCUCCGUCGAUCAAUUUUCUGUGAUUCUUUUUUAUCGUGAUGAUUUGAAAAUUCGAUGUGUCGAUUAUCGAAGCUUCAGACGAUGGAUGAGAUUUAUUGAAGAUAUAUAUAUGGGCAUGCAAUGAUGCUAUAUAGAUGAAAGGGUGUGAUAAUGGACAGGUCCAAGUACGAUAAUGAGGAGGAAAAGCCCAGUGAAAAUAUUGAUCAACUGAUGACAGUGGGGUGUGCGUCGAUCAAUUUUACUAACGAAAAUUGUAGGAAGGAGAGGAGAUGGAAGAAAGAUAGAUUGAAGCAGAAAUAUUCCGGAUAAUUGUGGGUUAAAUCGAUUCAUUUGGGGAAAAAUUUUGAUUUAAAAAGAAACAGGGAAAUUGGGCAAAAUUUCUAAAUUUAGGGGAUGUGAGUCAAGUUUAUGAACAAAGAGUGAGGUGAACUACAAAAUAGGAAAGAAUUUUUGCGUCACACUGCAAAAAUUUUCAGAAUGUGAAAUUUUCAAAUGUAGAUCAAAUUGAUAAAAUUGAUGAAAAAUAUGAAACAAAUUUGAGUCUUCAAGGAAAAUUCACGUAAAAGUAUAAGUGUAAGGCCAACUUCAGGAAAGUGGUGAAAAGUGAGACAAAUUCAAAAAUUUGUGAAAAAACUGGUUCAAUACGAAAAUUCUAUGAAAUCGCAGAUCAACUUGAAGAAAUGUGCGAUUAAUUAGAGAAUCUGUGGAGAUAUCCAUCUACACAAGCAACUACAAGGAAAGGGUGGUUCAAACGACGUAAAUAUUCCAUGAAAAAGUGAGUCAAAGUGAAAAAUUCGAUAAAAAUCAAGAGAUGUUUAAAAAUCUGCGUGAAAUAUUAAUCGAGCCAAAAGGAGAGGAGAAUGUCGAUCCAACCGCGUAAUACCUCCACCCCAAUGCGGAUCAAAUUGAAAAAUUUGAUGUAAAAUACGAUAGACUGGAAAAUCUCUAGAAAAAUAUACAAAGAAAGACUCUAGAAAAAAAAUCGAAUCGUUAUUUUUUUAUUAAAAAACUGAAGAUACAGCAGGAAUGUUACAAAUCAUGGUUGAUGUGGGGAUUUUAAUCUGUGAUGCCAAAAAAUAAUAAACCCUUGAAUUACGGCGAUAAUUUUUUUACAAUUCGAUUGGAUUAUUGUUUCGGUAUUAAUGAGCGUAAAAUCGAUGAUGAAAGGGCUAUUGAGACGUUGUCUGUUUUAUAGAGUUGUGACGCAAACAUCUUCGAGAUGUGGACACGACAGGGGAGGGAGAGGAGUCUAAUGGUGGAUGCGAUGAUUUAUUUUGAUUUACAAUGGAGAAUAAAUGAAAAGACGAUUGGUUAAAAAUUUGUUUCAUUUUAUUUUUUUUUUUAAUCAUUUUCUGGCUUUUUCCUUCUCGGUUUACACUAAUUUAUCACAAUAUAAUAUUUCGGGAUAUUAUAUGGAAUACGAUUACACGUGCGCAGAGGGAUUCACAUUUGUUUUUGAUUGAUAGAAAUGGAUUUCAGUUCAUUUUUGAGGGAAAGAAUUAGUGAUUUUUGAAUAUUAAGAGUUUAUGUUGUAAAUAUCAUUGAAGACUCAUUUUCUUCACAAUAAAACAAGUUACAGAACGA